AUGUACAAUAUAGUGAUGCGAUUUACUUACAUUAUUAUUUUCAAUACUUUUGUGAUAGAUGUUAAAACUGCAAGAAUACUGGCGGUAUUUCCGAUUCCAUCAAUAAGUCAUCAAGUAGUUUUUCGACCUCUUACAUUAGAAUUAGCAAAGCGGGGACACGAAGUGGUUGUUGUUACUCCAGAUCCUGCUUAUCCUAAAGGGAAAGCACCUGCAAAUUUAACAGAAAUAAAUGUGCACAACGUUUCCUAUAGUAAUUGGAAAAGUUUUGUGUCAGCAGCAACAGGAAAAAGUGACGAUUUAAGUAUACAAAUGGAAGUGGUAUUCGACCUUAUAAUCAAGAUUUUUGAAAAACAAACAGAAGAAAAAGAAUUUAGAGAAAUAUUAACAGAUAAAAGAUCUUUUGAUUUACUUCUUCUAGAAGCUUGCACAAGACCAGCAUUAUCUUUAUCAUAUUUAUACAAAGUACCUGUUAUUUUAGUAAGCUCAUUUGGUGGAAUGUUUGGAAACUUUGAAACUAUGGGUGCACCUAUCCAUCCAAUAUUAUAUCCUUUGUCUUUGCGACAGAAAAUAUAUAAUCUUUCUUCGUGGGAAAAACUAGUCGAAUGGUAUUAUAAUGAUUAUUCAUUAAUGCAACUAUUUAAAAACCAUGAAGAAAAGGAAAACAAAGUUUUGAAACGAAUAUUUGGUCCCAAUAUACCAACACUAAGCGAAUUAACAAAAAAUGUACAAAUGCUAUUUUUAAAUGUUCAUCCAAUUUGGGACAACAAUCGGCCGGUCCCACCAAAUGUAAUUUAUAUGGGUGGUUUACAUCAAAAACCUCUGAAACAAUUACCAACGGAUCUACAAAUUCUAAUGGAUUCUUCAAUCAACGGUGUCAUAUACUUUAGUUUAGGCACUAAUGUAAAUCCAUCUUUGUUACCUCCAGAAAAAAUACAGAUAUUUGUGAAUGUUUUCUCUCGACUACCUUACGAAGUCUUGUGGAAAUGGGAUUCGAAUGCAUUAAACGACAUACCCAAAAAUAUAAAGAUAAUGAAGUGGUUUCCACAAUCUGACCUAUUAAGACACGAAAAAGUUAAACUUUUCAUAACACAAGGUGGAUUGCAGUCAACAGAUGAAGCCAUAACAGCGGGGGUUCCACUUAUUGGAAUACCAAUGCUUGGAGACCAGUGGUAUAAUGUUGGGCAGUACGUCCGUCAUGGAAUAGGAAUAAAACUCGACUUGGAAACCUUAACAGAAGAAAUUUUCGCAACAGCUAUAAGAGAUGUACUUAUAAACGACAGCUAUCGUCAUAAUAUUAAACGCCUCCGGUCAUUAAUGCAUGACCAGCCACAAAGUUCACUAGAGCGAGCAGUGUGGUGGACAGAGCACGUGCUUCGACAUGGAGGAGCUGAGCAUUUACGGGGCCCUGCUGCGAACUUAACUUGGAUAGAAUAUUAUGAAGUUAAAUUACUUUUGAUUUUGUUAUUUUCUCUCUGUUUUAUUAUUGGGAUAUGUUUUGUUAUAUUGUUAUAUUUUGUAAGAGUAAUUUCAACUAAGGCAUUAGUAAAUCAGAAACUUAAAUCAAAUUAA